AUGUUUUUGUUUGGAACCAAGGACAACCUUAGGUUAUUGGAGGUUAAUCAGCACUGGUUUAUGGAUGGUACAUUCAAAACAACUCCUGCAUUGUUUUCACAACUGUACACAGUCCAUGCAUUGGUCAAUGGACGCACUGCUCCAUGUGUUUAUGCCUUGCUUCAAAACAAAACACAGGAAACAUACACAGCACUCUUACAGCAGCUAACGGUCUUAAACACAAACCUGCAACCAAUUUCUAUUAUGAUUGACUUUGAAAUGGCUGUGAUAAAAAGUGUUGAAAGGGUAGUUCCAGAGUGUGAGGUAAAAGGAUGUUUCUUCCAUCUUAGCCAAAAUAUAUACAGAAAAAUUCAGGACUCUGGCCUUCAACAACUCUACCAAGUUGAUAGUGAAUUUGCUCUCAAGCUCAGAAUGCUACCUGCGUUGGCCUUUGUUCCCAUCGAACACAUGAGUUAUGCCUUUGAAAAAUUAUUGGAAAUUUUCCCCCAAGAAGCAAUGCCGAUUGCAGACUACUUUGAGGACUACUAUAUUGGCAGACCACAACGUCGAGGUUGA